AUGCCCCUCACAACCCUCUACCUCCUCUCCCUCGCCCCCAACACCUCCAUCUCCCAAUACCUCCGCGCCCUCAAUUCCUACCCCGUCAAACCCCUCAUCACAGCCAAACCCGUCCGAUGGAUCAUCACACCCGAAAAAUUCUCUCCAGAACUCCUCGAAACCACGUGGGAUCUCUUUCUCAUCCUUGACCCUUCUACCUCUUCUUCUUCCUCUCCUUCUCCACCAAAAAUCCCACAAACUUAUCUCGGAAAAGACUGGAUAAAAAAUUCCUGGACUCUGACAGCAGGAAUUCCAUCUUCGCUUUUACAAGAUUUCUCACAGAAGAAUUCUCGCCUUUUAUAUCCUCAAGAGAACAAUACCACUCUUCCGAACUUUACAGGAUCCCUUCAAAAUCCUCUCCUAGCAGACUCUAGUCAAAAAUUAGAAUUAUCCCCAGAUUUACUAGAUUGGAGUCAAAAAUUCUCUUCUUCCUCUUCCUCCUCCUCCUCUUCGACUUCUUCCUCUUCCUCCUCUUCGAGGCCCGGCCAAAAUGGGGCAGUGAGCAUGUUGAAUUUACUAGCUUUUUGGCCCGGAAAAGAGGCACAUGAGAGUUAUUUGCAAUAUGGAAAGGCGUUUGGAGAGAGUAUUGGGAAGAGGAGGGGAGGGAAAGCGAAGAUUGUGGGGAAAGUGGUGAGGCAGGAAGGAGAAGGAGAUCAUCAGGAUGGGUGGUGGGAUGAGGUGGCUUUGGCGCAUUAUCCGACCAUUCAUCAUUUCACCGAUAUGCUGGCAAGUGAGGAUUAUCAAAAAGUGAAUCACGAAUUCAGACUACCGGCUUUGAAAGAUACAUGCAUUCUGUGCACGACAGAACUCGAUUCAGAGCUCAGUAUUGAUGAGGCGAAACUGUAGGAUCAGAAAAAAAAAGAGUCUUUUAUUCGCUCAGCUGCAGCCGCCGCCACCACAUCCACCGCAACCGCCUCCUGCAAAUAAAUGUUAGCGAUCGAAUUUGCAGAAUGGUGAAGCACAUUUCGACUUGCCGCCGCCGCUCGUGCCGCCACCACCACUCGAG